CCCAUGUGUAAGAGAGAAGACUUUGGACUCCCUGCUUUCAAUACCAAUACAUUUUUCCAAUUGUUGACUGUCGUGGCGAUCAGAAACUACAAGUUCUCUUAAACCCAGAGUUAGGUUUAUAAAGGAAGACUUUCAAACUUUCUGGGGGAGGACGGGUGGGUGAGGAGGAGGAAAGCCGUAUCCUUCUUUUCUUGCUCUGUAUUCAACUCCAUAACAAGAAAUACUCUGGAGAAAGUGUCAACAGUAGACUUUCCGCCAGAUAGUUCGGAGGAGGAAUAAAUUGUCGAUGGUUGCAAAUGAUCAUUGCUGCCGAAACCACUAAGAUCACCUGUCGAGAGUUUCAAAGCACUGAAGGUGAAAUAAUACCACUCCACCCCAUUGCUGGUCGCCAACUUGACUCAUAUUCUACGCAAGUUUACAAAGUGCUGAGAAAGAAUUUGAAGAAUUAGAAGCGCUUGGUGUCGCAGAAGGGCAGUGACUGGGAUUGCACAAGUGGUUCUGAUCUCUAAAGCCCAGCCCGUGGCUGCAGGAUGAGGGGACGGUCUGUACUGAGUGCUCUGGGAGUGAUGUGUUGUUACAUUGGUUUAAAUCCACAGAUUAAUGCUGAUGAUGUUAUUACCAAAGAAGAACAGAUAUACCUUCUUUUUGCAGAAAAGGCAAAUUGUGAUCUACAUAUAUUAAAUCAAACUGAAGAAGAUGGGUCCUGUUUUCCAGAGUGGGAUGGUUUAACAUGCUGGCCAAGUGGAUUCCCAGGAGAGAUCAUUGCUGUUCCAUGCCCCAGUUAUAUUUAUGACUUCAACCAUAAUGGAUUCGCCUAUCGUCAGUGUGAAAAUGAUGGAAAAUGGAAGUUCAUUGAAAAUCUGAACCGAACAUGGACAAAUUACACAGAGUGUAUCACUUUCUUGCAGCCGGAAAAUAGCAAUCGACAAGAAUUCUUUGACCGGUUAUACGUAAUGUAUACCGUGGGAUAUUCUGUGUCACUCUGCUCACUGACCAUAGCGAUUAUGAUCGUAGGAUAUUUCAAGAGACUCCAUUGCACUAGGAAUUAUAUCCACAUGCACUUGUUUGUCUCCUUCAUACUAAGAGCCAUCAGCAUUUUCAUCAAAGACAAUGUUGUGCAUUCUGAUUUCGAAAUGCAAGAAUAUGAUUCUCUUGCAGUGGAUGAUCUGAAAACCAUCACAGUUGCCUCUAUAAUAGACAAGUCCCAUUAUGUGGGAUGCAAGAUUGCUGUCAUAUUCUUUCUCUAUUUCUUGGCUACAAACUACUACUGGAUUCUAGUGGAAGGUCUUUAUUUGCACUGCCUCAUAUUGAUGGCCUUCCUCUCUGACAGAAAAUAUUUGUGGAGUUUUACCUUCACUGGAUGGGGAGUUCCAGCAGUCUUCGUUGCGGCUUGGGCUAUUGUGAGAUCAGUAUUGGCUGAUGAAAGCUGCUGGGAUCUGAACGUGGGCAACUAUAAUUGGAUUUAUCAAACACCAAUUCUCAUAGCUAUUGUGGUAAAUUUUAUCUUGUUUAUAAAUAUUGUUCGGGUUUUGGCUACCAAGCUUCGCGAAACAAAUGCUGGGCGAUAUGAUGCAAGAAAGCAGUACAGAAAAUUGGCAAAAUCCACCCUGGUUCUUGUGCUUGUGUUUGGAGUGCAUUACAUCGUGUUUGUCGGUGUACCACAUACCUUCACUGGAUUAGCAUGGGAAAUCCGGAUGCACUUUGAACUUUUCUUCAACUCAUUUCAGGGAUUCUUUGUUGCAAUUAUCUACUGUUUCUGCAAUGGAGAGGUUCAGACUGAAAUUAAAAAGACAUGGACAAGGUGGCGCCUUUCCUUAGACUGGAAUGGGAAGGCAAGUUGUGGGACUUACAGAUAUGCCUCAGCAUUAACCAACCUCACCAACAGUACCGCCAGCCAGGUACAGAUGAAUGGACGGACAUCAUUAUUAACUCGCAAAUUUCUUAAGAAUGGAGUUAAACAAGAAAACAGCCACUUAAUUUUACCUGGGUAUGUAAGAAGCAACUCUGAUCCAGAGAGCCUUCAGCCAUCCAUCCCUGAAGAAGCCAAUGAAAAUGAGGAAAACCUGGAAGAUGUAAUUUAUCUUAAAGAAUCAUCAAAGCCUGCACUCAGGGAAAACAACAAAGAACAUGAAGAAGCAAUGUAAAUGGCAUCAAGAUUAUAAUAAGUGAACAUUUGCUCCACGGAAAUUCUUGUGCAAGAAUCCCUGCUCCCUGUGAUCAGGUAGAAGACUCUGGCCAUAAGAGUUUUUGCAUUCCAGCUUGUCGCACUAUUCAUUUAUUUUUAUUCACCUAAGAAAAGUCUGUGACCUAUUUUGAAUAGUAAUACAUGUUGAUCACUGUACGGUUCAAAUUGUGUCUAAUUAAUAUCUUGCCAUGGUGUAUCUGACACCCACUGGGCUGGUUUUG